CUUAGAGCUACAUUUUUAUUAUAAGCCGUUUUUAGGGAUAUUCGGCUUUCAUAUAGAACAGGUAGCUAGCCCCCAAAAAUACGUAGCGUUAUUCAAAGCGGUCAUUUAGUGAAGUCGUCAACUAACGGCUUAAAACCGAGUUGUGAAAAGGGCCUAAUUAAGGGCCGCCUAGGUACCUAAUAUAAUAUAUCGCCUCGCGUUUAAAGCCUUUCGUUCCCGGCCGUUGGACUUGCACACUUGAGAAUAAACAUGCUCUACGACUACGACGAGGACGAACAUGCACCGAGUUCUCCUCCAGCACCUCAUGAACUCCGAUGUGCCGCAGAUACCAAUUGUAGGCCUCGGCAUCAUAUUGGAUGAGAAAACUCCUGAGAGUGAGAUAUGGCAACGCCGUGCAGCCAAGCUAUCUGACUUUAUAGGAACUGGCCGCUUGCAGCUUGCAUGCGUUGGGCUAUCCCUUAUUUCACUAUUGAUAUCUAUCAUUUGGUCCAAUGGAUUCUACGGCCGCACGGUAAAGUCCCAUGUCGACCGAAUAUGUAGGCCUUAUACACCGCUCGAGUAUGCCAUUACGCAAAUAGCUAUCCUUGCUGCAGUAUUGUCUCUGACGCUGUGCUCCAAGCUCCAAAAUGGACUAUGGAUGGAAUCACUUGCUUUGGGCUAUCUGCUCCUCCUGGGAAUUUUACAAUUUGCCUGGAGGCUCAAGGCUAUCAGCAUUCCUUUGAGCCGCCACAUGAACAUAAUAAUAGCGAUUUUUACCAUCUUGGAAGCUGUCAGACUCCUAUUGCCCAUUGCGAUUAUUGGUCCACAUAAUAACCCGUCAAGUAUUGAGUGCGUUAAAUUCGCUUGCCUGGCAUCUGCAUUUAUGGCUUCAUUCGUCUCGCCGCGCCUUGUACGAAGGAAAGAACCUAACCCCGAGAGUCAGGGCUCAGAUGAUAUGAACGGGGAACUAUCUCCCGAAGAAACAUGUUCAUGGUUCUCAUAUUAUCUCUCUUACGAAUGGCUUACAUAUCUCAUGGUUCGGGGUUUCUCCCGGGACUUGGUCAUAGACGAUCUUCCUCCUCUACCGACAUACGAUGCGCCGACAACAUUGCUACAACGUAUGCGCAAAGCUCGUCUAAAAGGGGGAAGAACUUUCUGGACCCUCUGUCGAACGUUUCGCAACGAUAUUAAGACAAUAAUGCUCUGGUCAAUCGCAACCGCGAUGACAGAGUAUCUUGCACCAUGUGCCAUGUUCUAUCUUUUGGGCUAUCUCGAAGACCCCGACACAGCCGCUACCGUCGUUCAUCCAUUCGUAUGGAUUGCACUCCUAUUCUUCGGGCCUAUGGCUCGUUCUGUCUGCUACCAACGAUCUAUAUUUGCGGGCACGCGGCUCCUUGUACUAUCUAAAGCGACUAUGAUCCAGGAAAUAUACCAGACGAUGUUAUGGGCAAGGACAGACAAUAGCAUACAAGAAAAAAUUGACCCACAGACACAAAACGGAUCCAAAGAUACGGAAACAAAGGAGAAGGCAAACUCUGUCAAGAUGGAAAGCCUAUUGUCAUAUGAUGCCGAUGCGAUCGCUAAUGUAACUGACAUAUUCUACGCCUUAACAGCGAGUACGGUAUCGGCGGUAAUAGCCAUGACGUUUCUAUACCAGUUGUUAGGGUGGUCAUCUCUUGUUGGCGUUGCAGUUCUACUGUCUCUUACCUCGCUUCCCGCCCGACUUUCCGGACGCCAGUCCCGGUUGCACGGAUUGGUAAUGGAGGUGACGGAUAGUCGACUGUCAAGAAUCUCUGAAUAUUUACAGUCGAUUCGAACUCUAAAAUUCUUCGCCUGGGAAGAUGUGGCAGCCAAGAUGAUUAACGCCAUUCGAGCUACAGAGCAACAACGGAUCUGGAAGCGCAAUGUUACUUCUAUGCUCAUUUUCAUGGCUGGCGAUAUGCUCUCUCUUGUCAGUCUCCUCGCUAUGUUCACAUCAUUUGUCCUCUUUACAGACCGACCUCUACGAGCUCCGACGGCUUUCACAGCACUGUCCCUCACGGAAAUAUUGCGGGCGCAGUUCGUAUGGCUAUCCAAGGUCAUCCAAUGGGUAGCACAGGGUCACAAAUCAUUACAACGAGUCGACAAAUUUUUCGAACUGGCCGAGGAAAGAAAACGUCUCCCAGUUGGCCCGCCCGAGCUCACAGAUGCGACUUUCUGCUUGACACGUUCCUCCGGAUUCCGACUCCGUCACAUAUCCAUUUCAUUUCGCGAAAAGUCACUUAAUAUUGUGACGGGACCAAUCGGUAGUGGCAAGACGUCUUUGCUGCUAUCGCUCUUGGGUGAAACAACUCUUGAAAGCGGAAAAGCAACCUGCCCUCCGGACGUAGCCUACGUGCCCCAGACAGCCUGGUUACAAAACAGCACCAUCCGACAAAACAUUCUGUUCUAUAGCCCAUAUGAAGAGUGCCGAUAUAGGCGAAUCAUCCAUGCUUGCGAUCUCGUAGAAGACCUGGCGCAAUUACCUUCGGGCGACUUGACGCAUGCCGGAGAGCAGGGGUCUAGCCUUUCCGGAGGCCAGAAACAAAGGAUAUCAUUAGCGAGAGCAUUAUACUCAUCGUCUUCCACCCUUCUUUUAGACGAUGUAUUCUCAGCGCUUGACACUCACACUGCCUUGAGAGUCUACGAGCGAUGCUUCCGUAGCGGACUCCUAGAUGAUCGGACAAUCAUUCUGGUAACACAUUUUACUACGGCUAUAGAAGAUGCCGAACUAUUGGUGUCGUUGGCUCAGGGGAGAGUGUCGUAUACGAAGACAAAUGCUAAAAGUCCUUCCAAAGACGCCAAGUCGUAUUGGACAGCCCACCAGGAAGAGAUUGAAGUCGAUUCCUCAUCGCAAUCAACCACGGCCCCUCCGACGGGAGGAAUUUUUGUGCGGAGUGAAACCACUGACUUGGUAAAUCAUGAAGUUCACGAAGUGGUUGUAGACGAAACAGCAACCGAAGAGAAGAGGGCGUCGGGGCGCGUCCCACGUGGAUUCAUUGUUAGAUACAUUCUACUCUUUGGGGGCUACGUUACCGCUACUCUAACGAUCCUAAAUACCUUCCUAGUACAAAUUGCCUAUUUCUCGAUCACCUUUUGGUUAUCCAUCUGGACUGGACUAUCAUCCAAGCCUGAUUACUCUUCCAAAGCGACAACAUAUCUCCUCAUACAUAUUGGCACGGUCGUGACGUUCAUAUCCCUCCAGUUUCUCAACAACUAUAUCUAUCAAAGGGGAGGGUGGAAAGCAGCGAAGACUAUGCACGAGCAUCUGAUUACUGCCGUUCUCAAUGCUCCUAUAGCAUGGUACGACAAUACUCCUGUCGGUCGUAUUAUCAAUCGGUUCGGUGUAGAUAUACAGUCUAUGGACAGCCUUCUAGUUGACUGGUUACGCAUGACACUCGAUAACGGAAUCAGGCUUGCUCUGCGGUUGGCAAGUAUUGCGUCCAUCAUGCCCAUUUUUGCAUUACCGGCGAGUUUCUUCUGCUUUCUCGGCUUUGCUACAGGAGAAGUAUACGCAAGAGCGCAGAUAUCGAUCAAACGCCUCUGCGCCGUGCAAACUUCACCUAUCUUCUCUCACUUCAGCGACUCUGCUGGAGGUCUUGCGGUCAUCAGAGCUCGCCAGCCGAUGGACGAUGUCUUCCAGGCGAUCCUUGCUGACAAGCUCGCCGUGUAUAUGCGCGCGAUGGAAGCUCAAUACAACUGCAACCGAUGGGUGUCUAUCCGUUCCGACUUUUGCGCUGCUACAGUUGCGGCCGCGGCCGGAUGCAUAGCUUACUAUAAAUCCGGCUCGCCGGGUCUUGUUGGCUUCUCUCUAACUAACGCUAUUGGCCUAAGCCAAACUAUCCUGACAUUAGUGAGGAACAUGAACGAGUUAGAAGUGGAGUUAAAUUCGUUUCAACGUGUAUCUGAGUACGCAGAAAUCGAACCUGAGGUAAACUCCGAGGAAGAGAAGUCGAAGGCAACUGAGAUUCCUGCAGCUUGGCCAGCAACUGGUCAUGUGGAGUUCCAGAAUGUGACUGUUCGCUACUCGAUGGACGGCCCUGAUAUUCUGCGGGAUGUAAAACUUAACGCCCGGCCAGGUCAGCGAGUCGCCAUCAUCGGUCGUACCGGUAGUGGUAAGAGUACCAUUGCGCGUUCCCUACUACGCUCCACACACGUGGUUUCCGGUAGUAUCGUAAUUGAUGGUGUUAAUAUUAGCAACAUACCUCUCAAACGUCUCCGAGAAAGCAUUAGCUUCGUACCGCAGGACUCGGUCAUCUUUUCUGGGGACAUCAGAUCGAAUCUUGACCCCUUACAGCAACUUGAUGAGGCAGAACUGCAAUCUGUCCUUACGGCGUGCGGUCUAACUCAAAUCUAUGACGCCGAUAGCCAAGCGCCUGGCCGUGGAGUUUCGAUUCAUACUCAAGUCGCGGCAAACGGUAAGAACUUUAGCAACGGACAAAGACAGAUUCUCGGGCUCGCACGUGCUAUGUGCCGCCGAUCUAAAGUCGUUAUUUUAGACGAAGCGACGGCUUCAGUGGACCACGAGACAGACGUGCGCAUGCAGCAGAUCAUUCGUUCGGAGUUUGCUGGCUCGACAAUAAUAACCAUUGCUCAUCGUCUACGGACUAUCAUCGAUUACGACCAAGUAAUUGUUAUGGAAGAAGGAAAAGUUAUAGAGGCCGGUUCCCCCAGGGACUUGAUCGACAUUGAGGGCGCCUUCUGGGGCAUGCUGAAAAACAGCGGCGAACACGACGAAUUGAUCGCGUUGGCAAGACAUAACCAGUCAUAACUAAUACCAGUAACUGCGCUUUAAAAUAUGGACAUGUAUCCUUGGAGUUAGCUCGUCUUUAGGCUUAUGGACUCCCACGAUAUUCCUACCAUCUUAUAUGUAUAUAUCAAUCAAUCAGUUAAUACCAGCACAUAAUCACGAUUUUCAAUUUAAAGUACUUUACGGGAUGUUGU